GAGAGAGGGAAAGAGAGAGGGAGAGGAGAUGCUUGUGGCUCAGGAUUUUGCAGAGCUCAACACUAUUUCAGGAUUAGAUCGGUGUGUGUGUGUUUCCAUCCCGUGAAGCGUUUAUAGUGCCGCACCCUGUCCUCUGUGCGUAAAACCUCCCACGUACAUCAUCAUCAUCACACAACACGUUUUAUUCUUCCAGCAGCUCGGGACGAGUGGAGGAUCACGGUUCACCUCGCGGACAGGUUGGACACAGAGAUGGGAGUGGAGCGGCGGCUUCUCUGGCUAUGACACGGACACACCGGGCGGCAAGGAUGGCUCUGACCAGCCGGGAAAUGUUGUGCUUGAUCGGAACCGCCUGCCUCUGGCUGCCGUUGUGGGCGGAGGUGGUGGCUGAGGACAGUUACUUAAACGAGGUGCAGAACUCAGUGCCUCUGUCCUGCUCUGAGGGAUUCACAGAGUUGGGAUACUACAACGGCACCGUGUCUCAGACGGACUCUGGCGCCCCCUGUCUAAAGUGGACCGAGUUUCCAGACUACGUCAUGCAGUACCCGGGCCGAGGGCUGGGUGACCACAGCUACUGCAGGAACCCAGACCGAGAGUCCAACCCUUGGUGUUUCUUCAGACAAAACUCUGGAGCCAUUGGAUGGGCCUACUGCGACUGCCACCAGGGUGCAGCACGUCUGGUGGGCAGCUCGUCCUCUGGAAGUGGCCGUGUUGAGGUCUACCUGAACAGCCAGUGGGGGGCGGUGUGCGACUCUCACUGGUCAGACAGAGACGCCAGUGUGAUCUGCAGGCAGCUGGGCCUGGGGGACAUUGGCACGGCAUUGCAACACUCGCAGUUUGGCUCCGGCUCCGGCCUCUUCCACUACGAGCGUCUGGGUUGCCGCGGUGACGAGAACACUCUGAGUAAGUGCCGGAGCAGGACGUUCGUCACCGGUGACUGUAGCCAUGGAAACGAGGCCGCAGUGUUGUGUGCGCCACCGGAAGGCAAUGGCUCUCCGCUGCGAUUGGUCGGAGGCGAGGAAGACUUUGAAGGUCGAGUGGAGGUGUUUCACGCAGGAAGGUGGGGGUCCGUCUGCGACGACCAGUGGGACGACAGAGAUGCAGAGGUGGUGUGCAGACAGUUGGGUUUCGGAGGUGUGGCGAAGGCCUGGUCGUGGGCCCACUUUGGUCAGGGUUCAGGCCCGAUCCUGCUGGAUGCUGUGAAGUGCACAGGAAACGAGCUCUUCCUGGAUCAGUGUCCCCAUGGUGACUGGGAGCAGCACAACUGUGACCACAUGGAGGAUGCUGGGGUCUCCUGCAGCCCUUAUACAGAUGGUGUGGUGCGUCUGGUUGGUGGAGACAGUCCAUGGGAAGGUCGGGUUGAAGUUUUCCACAACGGCGACUGGGGGACGGUGUGUGACGACCACUGGGCCCAGCAGCAUGCAGAGGUGGUCUGCAGACAGCUGGGCUACAGGGGUCACGCUGAGCUCGUAUCAGACGGGACGUUCGGCGAGGGCGUCGGCCUGAUCCUCUUGGAUGACGUCCACUGUGAGGGAUCAGAGACCUCUCUUCUGGACUGUCCACACGGGAUCUGGGGCCGGACUGACUGCUCCCACAGUGAGGAUGUGGGUGUUCGCUGCAGGAGCCGACCCAAUCAAGAAACCAAUGAAGUGCCGGUUAUCGCACCCUCCACAGGUCCCCUGGUGCGUCUUGUGGGUGGCAGCAGCAGAAAGGAGGGUCGAGUCGAGGUGUAUCUCCAUGGCGACUGGGGAAGUAUUUGUGACUCAGGCUGGAACAACUUGAAUGCAGCUGUGGUGUGCAGACAGCUUGGACACAGUGGUGGCGCAAUAGCAGCUGGAGGCUUCGGUCAGGGGAAAGGGCCCAUACACCUGGACCAGGUGAGGUGCACAGGGAAGGAGGAGUUCUUGGGAGAGUGUCCCUCUCUGGGCCAGAGCAUCCAGGGCUGCAGACGCAGGGUGGAUGCAGGGGUGAAGUGUGACGUUACCCCGCAGGAGUCAACGGCACGGGCCAAGCCUCAAGAGCUGAGCUGUGGGCUGAGGAAGCUGGUGGAGGAGGAGAGCAAGAGGAGGAACCAGGGGGAGGAAAACAUGCUCAGGACCACGUGGCCAUGGCAGGUGUCAGUGUGGCUUCAGUCUCAAGAAGAAGUUGCCAGUCCUCUCUGUAGUGGCACCCUGAUCAGCCCCUGCUGGGCCCUGACAUCUGCAUACUGUGUCAGCAGGUUUGGCAGCGACCCGUCCAGGUUUGUGGUGCGUGUCGGGGCUUCAGAGCAGACUCUCACCCCGGAGCGGGUGGUGCUUCACAGGAAGUUCAAGGGUCAGAGUGGAGGUCACGAUCUGGCUUUGUUGAAACUACCCAGCACCAAGGGGCACUGUCUGACCUUUGACCUCGAAACCAACGCAGCAUGCCUUCCUGCUGCAGACGCAGCAUCAGGAGGAAAUGCGCCAUCUUCUUGUGUUGUCAUGGUUACCACUGGCUGGACAGGACCAGACUCGGUUCUCGCAUCUUGGGUCCCUCUGAUGUCGUCAUGGCAAUGUAAGAAGCGCUAUGGCGACAGCUUUUCCAGCCACGGCACCCUGUGUGCCGGCAGUCCUCCAGACACUAGCCUCCUCCAUGACGACAGUUGUCAGGGCAACUCUGGAGGCGGGCUGGUGUGUCAGGGGGAGAUGGGUCGAUGGGUCCUCACUGGGGUCGUUGCCGGGGGUUACGGCUGCGCCGACCCCUCCUCUCCCGCGCUCUACACUCGAGUCAGCCGCUUCAGGAGCUGGAUCGAGGAGGUCAUUGACACGCGAGCACAUCCAGAGGAACUGCACGCACACACAAACACACAAGAAGAUCUGACACACGUUGACAAUGAGCUAACACACACACAUGAGGAACACACACACGGAGAGGGCGAGGAUAAAUACUUCCACGUGCAUGACGAGCUUAAACACAUACACGAUCAACAAGAAACAAAUGAAAUCGAUGAUAUUAAACAAAAACACACACGUCAUUCACACACCAAACAGCACGUUAACACACACACUAAAAGCACACAUAGCCACCGUGUUGGGGAUGCCGACACAAACACACAAAUUCUGGUCUGAUUGAGGCCGUGCCAUUGGCUGACCAUCUGUGCCAUGUGACCGCCUGAGGAGGAGGAAGAUGAUAGUAACCUUUAAAAGAAAAGAAAGAUGCUCCUAACUUAGGUCUGUGCUCAUUUCAAAUCUGAACUCAGUGUUGUGUUUGCGGUUGCUAAUCGUCGGACGAGUACAGCGGUGUGGGCAGACCUUCCUGAGCUGCCAGGAUGACAGAGUGUGUGGGUGAUUUGUGGUACUUUACAUGUGAGCUACAGCCUGUUGAGAGGCAGAACAAUAGCUGGUGGGGUCUGCAACGUUUAGGUUGAGCCUGGCAUGCUGAUCAGGGCCUUUCACUGAUACUGAAAAUAAAAAAAAUCAGCAUGGCAUGUAUUUUAAGGACAAUAGUGUUAAAGAUAUUCUGGUGGAUAUUUCUAAGACGGUCACACAAGAAUCUAUGCUAAAAUUCACCUAUUAAUGUGUGUAUUCAGUGUGUUUCGUUAGACAAAUCAAACAAACAAACCACCAGAACAUCUAGAAUAAAGGCUGACUGUAUAUCAUCAUCGUCCCUCUGAGAUUAUAAACACAGAUUAAACUCCUGCAUCAUAUGUCACAAUUGAAAAUUUGAUUUUUUUCCAACAGCGGCUCAUCUCUUCAGGCUGUUGUCUUAUACCUUUACUGGUGAAAGUGCUGUUUCGACCCAUGACUGAGCUAUUUAACCUGGGACCAUACCAAUGAUUCUUGAUGUUUUAGUGUUUAGUGUUAUUAACAUUUAAAAUUGCAGGCUUGAUAUCAGAAAGUCUCUGACUAUUAAUGACUCACCAACCUGAGAGAUUUUUCACAACCUGACAGACCAAAUGUUUUGAAUAGCUUACAACUGAGUUAUAAAGCAACAAUUGAUGCAUUAAUAAAGUCAUUACUUACAAUUGAUAUGAUCCCUUUAUAAAGGAUGUCUUAUUAGAAAGCUUUCUAUUAAGACAAUGCUCACAACAAGGUCUACAAUUAAACGCACACAAUGUACAUAUCAAGUAUUCCCUCAACAAUAAAUGUUAAAUCUGCAUUUAUUUUUCGUCAAAGUCACAUUACUGUUCAGAGGUCCCGCAGCGCAUUUCUUCUCAGAUCAGUUAAACUGCAUUACCUCACAACAAUAUUGGAGAAAAACCUCUUGCAGUGAUGGAUUUCACAACUGAAACAAGAAUCUCCUAAUUGAUUUUUUAUCCCAAAAGGGAAAACUAUAGAAACAAUGUCCACCUGGAAAAAUAUACACAAAAAAAUCCUGAAAAACUACAAUAUGGUUUUCAUCAGCAGUUGAAUCAAGUGUAUCUAUUUUGUUGUUAUUGUAGUUAAGGAGCUAAAACUUGCAAAAACAUUGGUAUGGUCCUUUUUAACUGUACAGGAAAUUCUUUCCUUUCAAAGCCAUUGGAAGCGGACUGUCGGGUCGUAAAAUAUUUUUUUGUACUGAUUCCAGCAGAUGGCUCUAGAUAGAUAGAUGAAUAGAUAGCUACUAUUCCUGAGAUUAGAUAGUAUGUGUUACUGCAUUCAUUCUUGACUGAAUUAGAUAGCCGAACUCUUGAAGUUAAAUGUUGUCUGUUCUGUUGUACUGUGAGCAGAUGUGCAAUCUAACCAGAAGAUGGCGAUAUUGCUCUAUUUUCACAGGCUUGUUGGAUAACAUGGCCCUGAUGGGUCUUUUUAUACUGUUGCUAUACGUGUACGAACUUGACUUGUGCUUUGAUGUACUGUGAACCAUUGUGUCGUGAAGCAUCUUGUAACCUGCAACUGCUGUUUCUCCAACAUGGACCUGUCCAAUGCCUGUUAUAAUCCUGUACAUAAACUCAAUCCUAUCACUACUCCUUCCUUCCUUCCUUCCUUCCUGAGAAUUGAUGUUUUACCAUGCAGAUCCUGUAGGUUAAUGUAAAUAAUGUAUGUCUGUGGCUGGACGGUGUGGGAUCAGUGUAAAGUCUUAAACGCCUUCUUUACCUGUGUUAAACCCGUCAGCUGUUCCUCAGUGUAAUGUGCUGAAUCAUGGAUGAGUAUUAAAACAUACCUGGUGUAAACAAGCA